GCGGGCGGGGGGACAGCGGUGACGGAAAGCGGCAGCUGGGGGGGGGACGGCAGUGCUGGGUUGACUCCCUCCCCCCCUUCCCCCUCCCGGCCGGAGGAAGAUGGAACUCCGCUAGUGAGGGCUUGCGGGAGGAGCAGCGGGAGCAGGUAAGACAGUGAAGUCUUUAACUGCUCCAGAAGAAGAGGGUCUGGAAAGAAAAUGUCUCUGGCAAAAAAGUAUCAGGCACAUGAUAUUGCAGAGAUUCAAAAUCAGAAGUAAAUCAGCUGGACAGUUGCCUCUUGCCUUCCUAAAUAGGCAAACAUAUUAGAAACAGAAAAAGGGGCCUACCUACCUCAUUCCUGGAGAAGGUGGGCUUGCUGGUGUGGAUGCCUGCCUCGUUUGCUUCACCAAAAUGAGUUAGGGCAUGCAGGAGAGAAGGGAGACUUUUUCAAGCAGAACCUAUCAUGAUUUCUCAGGGGACAAAAUUUUGCUUAUUCAUACCUUCUACUGUGGCAAAAACGGAUUAUUUUCCUCACCAAAAACCAGCAGCAUAACACCCAUCCAACAUCUGCCUCAAGGAACUCUUAUUUAAAGUCUAUUUUUAUUUCCCUGUAGCUGUGGUGCAAGCAAGAGCCAACCAACAUCACCUGCUGCCAACAGAAAAUCUCCAUGCCAGUCCUUACCCUUGGCACAAGGUAAAGCUGCAACUGAGCCUGUGAGGAGGAAUCAACAGGAAAAAUCCAGUUCAUGCUCAAAGAUGGAGACCUUUUAGCCAGCCAGUGAAUCCAGCUGCUGCUGCAUGUCUGGCAGCACCUCUGAAUGAUCACAUGACUCUUGAUAUGGAUGCAGUCCUGUCAGACUUUGUUCGGUCCACAGGGGCAGAACCAGGUCUGGCAAGAGACUUACUAGAAGGCAAGAACUGGGACCUGACAGCAGCUUUGAAUGACUAUGAGCAGCUGCGGCAGGUGCACACGGCCAACCUGCCCCAGGUGUUCAACGAGGGCAGGUUUUACAAGCAGCAGGAACCAGAACAGCCUCCCCAGGUGACCAAGGCUGAGAGACCCUGCCUGCAAAGGCAGGAUGACAUCGCCCAAGAAAAGCGUCUUUCCAGAGGAAUUUCCCAUGCCAGCUCAGCCAUAGUCUCCCUUGCUCGCUCACAUGUAGCAAACGACUGCAGCAAUGAGCAGUUCCCUUUGGAGAUGCCUAUCUACACAUUCCAGCUGCCAGACCUGAGCGUGUACAGCGAGGACUUCAGGAGCUUCAUCGAACGGGACUUAAUCGAGCAGGCCACCAUGGUUGCAUUGGAGCAAGCAGGACGCCUCAACUGGUGGUCCACGGUGUGUACAAGCUGCAAGCGCUUGCUGCCCCUGGCGACAACGGGUGAUGGAAACUGCCUCCUGCAUGCUGCCUCUCUAGGGAUGUGGGGAUUUCACGACCGGGACCUUGUGUUACGGAAAGCCCUCUAUACUAUGAUGAGAAGUGGAGCUGAAAGGGAAGCACUGAAAAGAAGAUGGAGAUGGCAACAGACUCAGCAGAAUAAGGAGUCAGGUUUGGUAUACACAGAAGAGGAGUGGGAGCGUGAGUGGAACGAGCUGCUCAAGCUGGCGUCGAGCGAGCCGCGCACGCAUUUCAGCAAGAACGGGGGCACUGGUGGAGGAGUGGACAAUGCAGAAGAUCCAGUGUAUGAGAGCUUGGAAGAAUUCCAUGUUUUUGUCUUAGCCCAUAUCUUGAGAAGACCAAUUGUUGUAGUAGCAGACACGAUGUUACGAGACUCAGGGGGAGAAGCGUUUGCACCAAUACCGUUUGGAGGAAUUUAUUUGCCACUUGAAGUUCUGCCAAACAGAUGCCAUUGCUCACCUCUUGUGCUGGCCUAUGAUCAGGCCCAUUUCUCUGCUCUUGUCUCCAUGGAACAAAAAGACCAACAGAGAGAACAAGCGGUGAUCCCACUGACUGACUCUGAACACAAGUUACUGCCUUUGCACUUUGCGGUCGAUCCUGGGAAAGACUGGGAGUGGGGAAAAGAUGACAAUGAUAACACCAGACUGGCCAAUUUGAUUCUGUCUCUUGAGGCAAAGCUUAAUCUUCUGCACAGCUACAUGAAUGUAACCUGGAUCCGCAUCCCAUCUGAGACACGGCAGGCCCCUUUGGCUCAACCAGAAUCCCCUACAGCUUCCGCUGGAGAAGACGUGCAGUCUCUGGCUGACUCAAUGGACUCAGACCGAGAUUCCAUCUGUAGUAAUUCCAAUGGCAAUAACGGCAAAAACAGUAAAGAAAAAGAAAAGGACAAACAAAGGAAAGAUAAAGACAAAACCAGGACGGAUUCAGUUGCCAAUAAAAUAGGAAGCCUCAGUAAAACCCUGGGAAUUAAACUGAAAAAGAACAUGGGUGGUCUUGGAGGUCUGGUGCACGGGAAGAUGAGCAGAGCCAAUUCAGGGAAUGGGAAGAACGGUGACACAGUAGAGAAGGUCAAAGAGAAGAAGUCCAAGUCUCGCAAAGGGAGCAAAGAGGAAUCUGGACAGUCUGCAAGCACAUCUCCCUCUGAAAAGACCACUCCAUCGCCGACUGACAGAGCCAGCAGCUCCCCCACUGAAAAGGUGAACACUAAACCUUUCUCUGACAAGCAGGCUGACCCAUGGAAGUACAGCACAGACGUGAAACUCAGCCUAAAUAUUUUGAGAGCUGCCAUGCAGGGUGAACGAAAGUUUAUUUUUGCUGGCCUUCUCUUGACCAGUCACAGGCAUCAGUUCCACGAGGAGAUGAUCGGCUAUUACCUGACCAGUGCCCAGGAGCGCUUCAAUGCAGAACAGGAGCAGAAAAGGAAGGAAGCUGAGAAAAAGGCUGCGCUGAAUGGCUCCUCUAGUAGGAAACUGGAGCCAGAAGCAUUUUCAAAAGAAAAAUUAGAACCAUCUCCUCAGGAUAGGGCAUCACCUGUCUUGCCUCAAAGCCAUACAACUCAACUGGUUUUAAAAUUUAAAGACCGCACUAGUCCCACUCCCGGCUCCUUUUCUUCACCCAGCAACGGUGCCAAGAGAAGCGGCCCCAUCCCUGUGUCUGCCCACUAUAGCCAUACUCCCCCUGUUCAAAGGCAAAGUGUCAUCCAUUUGCAUGACGUCAACUCCAAGCCAUCGAGCUUCCAGGACGAUACCUACAAGCCAGUGGUUGGCACCCUGAAAACCUGCGCCACCUACCCCCAGCAGAACAGAUCCCUGUCCUCGCAGAGCUACAGCCCCGCGCGCCUGCCCGGGAUGCGCACGGUGAACACGGUGGAGUCGCUGAGCUACGCCAGGCCGGCCGAACACAAGUCCCAGACCUACACGAACGGCUUCAACACCGGGGACAUCAGAGACUGCUUAGAGUACGCUGAUGAGGAUGCUCCUCAGACCUGGCUGAACAAUGACAAAAACCAAGGCAGAAGCACAGUUUGCCCAAUAUAUUCCAUCCAGCAGAACCGCUGUAAGAAGGAGAACUGUUCCUUUUAUGGUCGUCCUGAGACUGAAAAUUACUGUUCCUACUGCUACAAAGAGGAGUUAAAGCGCAGGGAGAGGGACAGCAAGGGACACAGGCAUUGAGGAUUCUUCCAUGACUAAUUAGUUUUACCGUUUUCUUACUUACAAAGUAAACAGUGUUGGAUUGCAGUAAAAUGAAUCCUGAAAAAAAGAAUAAAGGAUUGAUGA